UGCCGGCCUCGGCCCCAUGGCGGCUUCAGCCGAGGCGGCGGCGGCGGCGGGGACGCGCGUGUUCCUGGAGGUGAGGCGACAGCUGCAGAGCGCGCUGCUGAUCCUGGGAGAGCCCAAAGAAGGAGGAUUGCCCUUGGACAUUUCUAUCAAGCCAUCCUCCCUCCAAAUGAGAACUCCCGGAGGCUGCACGGACAUCAGGCUUCCAGCAGAGGUCAGGCUUGCUCCAUCUUCCUGCCGCGGGCUGCAGUAUGUGCCUGGAGACGGACUACACCUGCGGCUGCAGGCUCAGGCAGAAUUGAACAUGAAACCAAUUUCAUUGUUUAAUCAAAGUCCACAAGCCCAAGCAUGUUGCACGUUUUAUUGCCAAUCCUGUGGUGAAGUCAUAAUAAAGGACAGGAAACUCGCCAGGGUACUCCCACUGCCGAGUGAAAACUGGGGAGCACUAGUUGGAGAAUGGUGCUGUCAUCCUGACCCCUUUGCUAAUAAGCCACUUCAUCCACGAGAGAAUGACUGUUUUAUUGGAGACUCCUUCUUCUUGGUGAAUUUAAGAAACGAUUCAUGGCAGCCAAGACCAGAAGUCGAGACAAAUGCUUCUUCUUCUGAGAGACAUUUUGAAUUGAAACCCAAGGCAAAUACCAAAGUAAUUUGUAAGCGUUGUAAGGUAAUCUUGGGAGAGACCAUGUCAUCAGAAACCACGAAGCUAUAUAUGACAGAGAUAAUUAUCCAACCAUCUGAGGGAAAGGUUCCCAUUCUACCAAGGUUUCUGUUUGUACAGCGUGUUAUUGCCCAGUGUCUGGUGGAACUCGCUGCUGCUAGAAGCACUUUUAGAUUUACUAUUCAAGGUCAUGACGGGAAAGCAUACAUCUUGUUAUGGCUUUUAAACUCCGACAGUUUGGUGAUUGAAUCUUUGGGAAAUCUCAGUAGUAUCCAGAAAUUCCCCCUGUUGGAAGACAUUUUGGAGGAAGAUUCCAGUUCUGUCAGGAAUGCCAUCAAGGUCCUGUACCAGCCAUGCAUCAAAAGCAGGAAUGAAAAGCUUGCCCGUUCCUGGGAAAGUGACAUCAGUGUCCACUCUCUAACCCUGCCUGCUGCGACCUGCUUGGAACUGCUGUUGAUACUGGCGAGGAAUCACUCCAUGCUGCCCCCAUCCCUUCGCUGCAUGAAUUCCUUUCAGGUGGCCUUUUUGAAGAUGUAACUGUUGGAGCCCAGACAUUCCCUCCCCGGCAGACAGCUCUCCAGCACCAGCACAGAAUGCACAAAAGGCUAGCAGCCGGCCCAGUGGGUAGCUGUUACCAAGACAUGAACCAGAGCUACAGAAUUUUACUGCAGUUUUUACCUUCCUUGUUUGCAUAUUUUGUCUAAGAGAUUUAACUUUAGGUCUUUGGGGGGAAAAAAAAAAAGGCUUGUGAAGAAAGGUUUAGUAGCAGGCUGUCAGCAGGCUGAGAUAAGUAUAGAAGUUACAUUUCUAUUUCCCACAGAGAGGAAUAUUCAAAAUAUGUGCUGUGUCAGCACCACCUGGGAGGAUAUUAGCUAGUGGAGACCCAUCUGUCCUGUGUGGAAGGCACUGAGGAGCUUCACUGUCAGAACUGAAAUGUUCGCUGCUGUAAAUCCUAGGAAAUACAUAUUAUAAGGGUUUCUCAGCUUGUUCAAAAUAAGUGUAUAAAAAGAAACAAUUUGGAGCACCUAAUAAAAUGAUUUUUUUAAAAAUUUGGAAUUUUAAACAUCCAAACCUCUUCAGAGGAAACAUUCAUGUUUGAGCCCAGAUUUGUUAUACACAAUGAUCAAAUGUAAGGAUUUCCUAUUUAUUCCAGCCUGUAUGUAUUCCUUUGCUAAAAACAAUUGCAAAUUAAUAAAUGUACAUCAUUGGCAUCCUGUUACAAAAGUGUCUGAAUCCAUGUGUGCAGAGGCAGAUCAUAAGAAGACGACUGAAUGAGAUUAUUGAAUUACAGGGAAUCUUACAAGUUCAUGCCGGGUCCCAGUCUUACGGAGAAGACAUGAGACUUGCCUGUAAUCACUCAACAAGGAUCCAAGCUGGGGCCAGGACUAGGCCCACUGCCCCUGUACCUGAGCUUUGAUGUAUGUCUUUCUGGUGAUCAUCCUUUGCCACACUCCUCACUCAGGGCAGUCUUUUGGUUCCCUCUUAUACUUGCCAGUUGCCAAACCUGUUGAUGAUGUUACUUCUAGCUUACAGACCAUCUGAUACACUUCCUUUAAUAAUAAUAAUAAUAA